UCGAGGAGGGAGAACGGAACUGUCGCAAUUGUGCCGCGAGAGGUACACAGGUUCCCAUCUUGGUGGUGGCGAGAGCAGAGGGCCAGGAUCGCCAUCUUGGGAGGGAAUGUGACGCCCUGCCGGGGCGCGGAGCUGGCUGAGCCCGAGGGAAAGAAAGCCCCCGCAGUGGCGGCCCCUUGCUUGCUCCGCGUUGGGCGCCGCCCGGCAGAGCCGCCGCCAGCGCUCCCCUUUCAUUAGGCAGGCUCGUCUAGAGACUCCGUCCGCCCUUCGGAAAUCAGCGCCGAGAGCUGCUGCCUUUGGUCUUAGGUUCUGCAAGGAUCACAAAACACUCGGGCUUUGUCCGUUUCUUGCGAGAUCCGUCGUUGCUUCUGCUUUCCCGGAGGCGUCCAUGAAAACUAUAUCCCUAAUUUACAACGAAUUAACCGCGUUAGUCCCUGCAAGCAGACGAGACCAAAUACUUUCGCCGGUAUUUUAAGAUAACACCCCUUCGAUGAUGGAAUUGGGGCCCUAAGGCUUCCAAAAGCUGUCAUUAAAAUACAGCAGCCAAGAUUUUUUUUCUUCUGGUGUUCUUUUUAUUUUCCUAAUUGACAUGGUCGGCCUUUGGCCUUUUAUUAACGGUGUCAUGAACAAUGGAACUUAGUCAUUUCCUAGGCCUCUGCCUUCCCUGUCCAAGUCGGGAAACGGGAGUGGGAACAGAACGAACGGGCGGAAGCGUGCCCGGCACGCACCCAAACGCCCGAGGGCACUCGCCCCCUACGCAUCUGCGCAGGCGCACUGGGUAGCCAAAGUUUCGAAAGGGCGCAUGUGCUGGAAGAUGCCCGGGAAGCGGCAAAGGCGGAGCCGCGCAUGCGCAUUCUGAGAAAGGGAGCAGCAGCGCCUGGCGGCCGCCUCCGCCGUUUCCAGCCCCAGCUUUGGGACGGCCGCGCGCAUGCGUAUCGGGCAGGCUGGCGGCGGAGGGGAGUUACAAUGGAAGAUGAAGAGGUCGCCGAGAGCUGGGAGGAAGCGGCGGACAGCGGGGAAAUAGACAGACGUUUGGAGAAGAAACUGAAAAUCACCCAGAAGGAAAGCCGGAAAUCCAAGUCUCCCCCGAAAGUGCCGAUUGUGAUUCAGGACGACAGCCUUCCCACAGGACCCCCACCACAGAUCCGGAUCCUUAAACGGCCAACCAGCAACGGGGUGCUGAGCAACCCGAACUCAGCCAGCAGACCUGCCUUCCCGGUAAAGUCACUCGCCCAGCGGGAGGCUGAGUACGCAGAAGCCCGGAAGCGCAUCCUGGGCAGCGCCAGUCCUGAGGAGGAAGAGCAGGACAAGCCCAUCCUCGACAGGCCCACCAGGAUUACCCAUCCGGAAGAGGCUCGUCUAGCCAGCAAUGUGAUCCGGCAGCCACUUGGCCCGGAUGGUUCGCAUGGCUUCAAGCAGCGCAGAUAGGAAUGGUCGGCCAGCCGCACGGCGCGAGAGCCAGCUCUUUCCCCCAUCCUGGGCUGCCCUGGGGCAGCAGCAGCAGCAACAGUGGACAAACCGACCUGAACCUGAGCAGGAGGCUUCCUUCUGGGGUGCUUCGAAGAAGAGCCCCCUCUGCUCAGGCUGCUGUGCCCUCCAGCCCCCUGCACUGUGAGCCCUGCGUUCUGCGGGGACUGCUGCACCAAGGACAGCUGGUGAGGGUGGCAGGAGGGCGACCAGGGCUGGUGUCUUUUCCCCUCUUAGUGCCCGCCAGCCGGCCAGGGCAGCCCCAGCAGCAAUAAUAACUUAUCCGUGUGGGUUUGCCUAGGUUUGGGGUAUGAGUGGCCGGAGUGCUGCCUUUCAGCAAGCGUGCUUUACUUUGUGGCUUUUGAGAAGGAUUUGAGGGGGUUGCAGCCACCCCUCUUUUUCUGCGUUGGUUUGUUUUGGGGGAGGAGAUGGCAUGGGAAGAAGGGACCCUGUUAGCGGUUGGAGGGCUUUCUCUGCGAAGCAAGAGUCUGUAGAAGUUGCCCAGCUGCAGGGCGCCUCUAGGUGUGUCGGGGACGAUGGCUGCUGAAGUAAAAUUGGCACGUGAGGAACUCCUCGCGCAGCCCCGAUGACUUGCCUGCACGUAUGCAGGGCAGUCCGAAGGGCAGGGCUUCCAUGUCUGUGGGAUGAGGUUUGGAAGGGACUGCCUUGCUCCUCUUGUUUUUCUUUGGACGAAGGGAAGGUGGACCGGCAGUGGCUUGGUCUGCUCAUGUCGCAUGGAGCCCUGGGGGGCGGGCAGGGCAAGGCAGGGUUGAGGGGGUGCUUUUUGCUGCUAGGAACGUGAGCUAGGAGUAGACUAGUUUCCUCUCCCACCAGUGCCCUUGGGCGAGGCCGCCCAGUGGGCGCCCAUUGCUUGUGCUGGCCUGAUAACGGAAUCAGUGGCUGUUGAUCUGUGAGCCCUCCUUGACCCGACAACAUUUAGCCUUGCCGCUCCAAGUCUGUUGGGAGUCCUUCUGGUCCUGGGCAAGGGCAGGCUUGUGACCGAAGCGGAUGGGGCCCCAAGCAGCGUUCCGAGGGUUGUGGCUGUGGCUCAGGAACGGAUGUCUUUCCCCUCAGUGUGGGUUGGUUCCAGGGCAAGGGUUAGGGUCCUGCUCUUUGGUGCGGGGAUAUUUGGAAAGCGGGCACUGAGGAAUCCUAUAGGCAAUGCAGGGCAACUGAGGGCAGCAUCGCUGCUAGUCUUGCCCUGGCAGAAAUAGUGAGAUGCACAGGAGCCAGGUCAGGCCAAGCCAGGCAGCUCUAGGGCGGUUGAGCCAAAUGUGUGUGUGUGUGUGGGGGGGAAGCUUUGGGACAGCAGGAGAGACGGCACAUGUUGUGAAGUUGGUCUGCUGUGCUGUAGAUGCUCCAAAAAGGUGGAUCCACCGGCCAGGCCUUCCCUUUCCUCUCUAGCAGCCAUAUUGGGUGGGUGGGCUUUAGGCCCCCCUCCUCCAGCACCACCUCCAAGGGACCGUGGGCUAGCUUGCUUCACUGUGUUUCCAGUCUGCCUUUUUGUUCUACUCUCUGAAUUUGGAGGGCAUGCUAGGUGUGGAACAGGACCUAACUUUGACUAAUGUGGGUGGCGUGUCUGACACACUGAAACAUCUCCUCUUUUUCUGAUCAGAAGUGGAACUUUUGCCUAGGGGUGGGAGGGGAGGGGAGGGAAUGUCUUUGUGAGACAAAACAAGACAUGUACAAGAAUACUUCAGAACACAAUGCUGGUCAGCAGAGUAACAAUAAUAAUAAAGCUCCCUGUGUACAAAAAGCAAAAGAUGUGACCGGCUGUUGCUGUGUUGAAUGUGUUCCCCUUUUUCCUUCAGAUCCAAGGCCUGCUGAGCCCCUGCCAAGGGCUGGGUCUCCUUUUUCUUUCACGUAGGUGUAAAAGGGUCUGUUCUUCCUGCCGGACUGUCCUGGGAAACAUCUGGCAACAGACUUCUAAAAAAAAAAUGUGUGGAUUUGGAGUUGGAGAGAAGGAGAGGCUUCUUCUGAAAAUGAAAUGGAAGAGAUGUAAGAAGGGCUUUUUUUUUCACCAUGUCUUUGUCAUUCUACUCUGCUUUAUCCUCAUCAUCUCACUGUCCUCCUUCCUUCCUUCCUUGCCAAGGAGCUUUUCUUUCUCUUCACACAACAGCAGGCACUCUCCUGUCAGCCCAUUCCCACGUGUGGACCUGCCUGCCUGCCUGUAGGCAGGGAGAGGGUGCCUUUUUCCUCCGUCUGCCACGAGGGAGUAGAGAGAGAGAGUCGGUCUUUCCUUCUGCUCCCAAAGUGACGGGCAAAGUUCUCUGUAUGUGUGUGUUUCCCGUAGGGCACUUUAGUGUUUGGGUCUUUUGGUCUGGUACGCAAAGAAGCAACACCAGCCCACAAACAUUUGGACAUAUAGAGGAAAACAUUUUAUAAAUUGUAUUUUAAAUAAAUGGUUACAUUUUAAA